CGAACAUGAUUUGUGGUGCGCAUGACAAAAACACGGAAGCUGCCUGUUUAUUUUUGCUAACGCUUUUACACGAAUUAAACCCUUGCAAAUAUAUAAUUGUAUAUCGUUUAGUGUGUAUAAGAUGGAGGACCAGGAGAUGCAACUGAAAGUUAAAAGAGUGACUGACAAAUUCACGGAGAACAUGUACGUGUUGGCUAACGAGCCAUCGGUGGCUCUUUAUCGACUGCAAGAGCACGUUAGAAGGUCCCUUCCAGAGCUAGUACAACACAAAACAGAUAUGCAGAGCUGGGAGGAGCAAAGCCAAGGAGCAAUCUACACUGUGGAAUAUGCAUGCAGUGCGGUGAAAAGCAUGACAAACAGCAGCCUGUACUUCAAAAGCAUCGAUGGCCUCCUUCGUCAAGCCAUCAGCAUGAAGGAACAGAUCAGCACCUCCCAGGGGCGCAGCGCACAUGAAGCGACCCCCUCUCCCAUUCCCCCUGCCACUCCACCACAUCCCCCAUCCACUUCCUCCUGACCUCUGGAAGACACUGUCCAAGCAGGAGAAGAACCACAGACCCAAGAGUGCUGAAGGAGGGAGGAGAGAAACACAGCUCUGGGAUAUGAUGAUGACAUUGUGGCAUUGCAGUGAGGCUCUGGCUCAGUUCCCUCUGAAAGGGAGCUGUAGGGUCAGGAGGUCAUUCACCCUACCAUCACAAUGGUGCACUGCCCCCACAGCCCCAACCGCCAACAAGGGACUCAAUGGAAUGGAAAGCCAGCAGCUUUGCUUUGCCAGGACCUGCAUUAAGACAUUUCAGUAAUGCACGUCAGUCAAAGACGCCAUUGUUCUGGGCCUUGUGUAUCAAUCAAUUGGAGGGACUCUGAAAGUAGUGACUUUUGCCUCUGCUGCAAAUUAACUGGAAUAUAUCUGUAGGAAUCUAAAUGAAGUUGUCCUUUCUAGGGUCACACAACUAUUUGGUACAAGCUGUUAAUUGUUUAGCCGUUGGUCUAAACUUAUAUAAUGUCUGAUAAAUGUAUCUGCUUUAGCUAAAUUAAGUGCUUGCACGUGAGGUUAAUUUGUAUUUAUUAUGGAUCCCCAUUAGCUGUUGCAAAGGCAACAGCUACUCUUCCUGGGGUCCAGCAAAAAUCAAUGCAGUAAUAUACAUUAUAAUAUAAUUUUUAAACAUUAAAAUAAAUCUUACAACACA